AUGCCAGAUAUAUCUUCAAGCAAAGCGAAAGUCUCAAAACCACGCUCCAAGACUUUCACUGGGUGUUGGACUUGCCGAGAGCGUCGAGUGAAGUGCGACGAAGAACGCCCCCACUGCGGGCGGUGCCAGCGGCACGGUUGGGUGUGCAAGGGGUAUGGAUUGCGCCUAGAAUGGUCUCGGAUCCCCGGCAGCCGCUGUCAUCGGCGCCAAUUGCGGCCCCGAGAAGCAGAUUUAGAUACAGACCUGUCAUCUGCCGCUGUGACAGCACUGCUGAUUGAGUUGGAUGAGUAUUCGGGGGAUGACUGUUCCCAAACACGAGGACCAUUCUCGGUGUUCUCUGUUUUGUCAAGCCCCAACACUCAAGAUGCAGGUCAUGUUGAUCUACCUAACUUGGGAGAUGAACUUCCAAUUCAACAUGCGGAGGAUACACAGCGUACCUCGUUGGACUUGAUUAGCUCACCAGUUGGCGGCGGAGAUGGCGAGUUAGCUUCACCAAGACCAUCAUGGGAUGGAUUAUAUGGAUUACCAUCUGCUACCGCACUGUGCACGUCUGAAUUCCGUGAGGAAUCAGGCACGGCAUCAACAAAUCCUUAUUAUCGGGUUGAUGACAGCUCUAUCAACGCAAUCGCCCCUGUCGUUAAUCACAGAAACCCUAAAAAUGGGCUGUCAGAACCGAGUGAUUAUGGCAGACCAAUAUUAGAUAUUCACAGUGAUGGGCCUGAGAUCUCUCUCUGGGGUGCCAUGAGUCCAUUGACCCUCCCAAGACCAGAGACAGAGCUAGUCCAUCACUGGGUUGUUUUUCUCAGCGGAAACAUGCUCCUACUCGACACUCCGGACAAUCCCUGCCGAACCGUGUUCAUGCCUCUGGCUCUGAAAGGCCUCGAUGUCUCCCCAACAGAGCCAAACAUCCAUCUCUCAAUCUUCCACGCGAUUUGUGCCUCCUCAGCCUUCAGUCUCUCUCAUCUCCGCCAUGAUUCCCGGUACCACUCCACCGCCGUCCACCAUGACCAGCUGGCUCUGCGUCAUUUGCGAGGAAGCCUGGAGCGGGCUCGCUGCCUAAAUGAGGCCACAUUAGCUGCUGUCCUCACUUGUAUCACGGCUGAAGCUAUGUCUGGUCGCCGUAGCCAGUGGAGAGCACAUGUUGCUGGAUGUCUUGGUCUGCUUGAGAACGAGGUCCAUGGCGACUGGAUCCGAACUCCGACUGCUGCUAGAUUGCUCCAAAGUUACUUGUCCCUUUCGUCACUAUCUAGCUUUCCUGUACCCGAACGGCUCAUGGCACUCCUCAAUGGCCCUUCCGGAUUUCAUCACCACCUAGAACAAUCGCAUGGAGUCACAACACCACUGGUCAAAUGCCUCGCUCGAAUUACUACAAUUGUUGAGUCACGGACACAGCUGUCCACCGAAGAACUGGACCGGUUCGAACUUCAGCUCUACUUGAACUUUCCAUCAUUGUCUAACCCAGACGCCCCGGGUUCGAUCAUCGUCCAACAUGCUCUAAACUCAUUCUACUACGCGACGAUUGUAUAUUUCCGUCGCAGUUUGCGUGGCGCACCGUUAUGCGACGUGCAGGACCUGAUUGAGAAAGCAAUACACGAUCUUGAAUUUGUCGAUGCACUUACGCGUGACAAGGGCGGCUGUUCGUACAACUGGGCAGGCUUUGUGAUUGCGGCUGACUGCGAGCGGCCUGAUCUGCAAGAUCGAAUGUUGGCAUUCUUUGACCGCAAAAGUCGACAUGGGAUCCAGAGUAUCAAUGUAUUAUGUGAAAUCGUCCAAGCUGUAUGGAAUAGGCGGGCAGCGGCUGGACCGGACGUCGAUAUACAGUGGCAAGAUAUUGCAAAGGAAGCUGAGUUUGACAUCAUGCUUGUUUGA